CAUUUAAAGGCACAACUGCUUGAACAAUAUGGUGGCGUGGCUCCCAAACAAGCUGAAGAAGCACACUCUCGGGUUAUUGAUAAGGUUGUACAAGACGCACUUGAUAGAGCCAAUUUGACUGAGACAGAUCUCUCUGCUGUUGCUGUUACCAUUGGACCUGGUUUGGGCCUCUGUCUACGCGUUGGUGUGCACAAGGCUCGAAGAGUCGCUGGUGCUUUUAAUCUCCCAAUCGUCGGGGUGCAUCACAUGGAGGCUCAUGCCCUUGUAGCCAGAUUAGUGGAACAUGAAUUAAGUUUUCCUUUCAUGGCAUUGCUUAUAUCAGGAGGGCAUAAUAUUAUAGUUCUUGCUCAUAAGCUUGGUCAGUACACACAACUUGGGACUACAGUAGAUGAUGCUAUAGGAGAGGCAUUUGACAAGACAGCAAAAGGGCUCGGCCUUGAUUUGCGGAGAAGUGGUGGACCAGCUGUUGAAGAGCUUGCUCUUGAGGGUGAUUCAAAGUCUGUUAUGUUUAAUGUUCCAAUGAAAAAUCAUAAAGAUUGCAACUUUUCUUAUGCUGGUUUGAAGACACUAGUGAGGCUAGCCAUUGCAGCCAGAGAAAUUGAUGCUAAAUGUCCUUUUUCGUCUGCAACAAAGGAAGACAGAAGAAACAGAGCUGAUAUUGCUGCUUCUUUCCAGCGAGUAACUGUCUUGCAUCUGGAGGAAAAGUGUGAGCGAGCAAUAGACUUGGCAAUGAAACUCGAGCCUUCUAUAAAACAUAUGGUAGUCCCUGGUGGUGUUGCCUCAAACCAGUAUGUACGGUUUCGACUUAACAACAUUGUCGAAAACAAAAACCUGAAACUAACGAUCAGAUCCCAAGAUGUGUUGAGUCAAGUGGUUUUGUGGUGA